GUGUGUUGAGAAGGAAUAAAGAAUGGGUAUUGUAGUUGAGUAUUUUAAUCCAUCUUCAUUCUUCCCCCAUCUCACACACUUAAAAAGAAGAAGAAGUAACUAAGCAAAGAAACAAAGACAGCAUCUUCUCCAUUACUCUUAAAACACAAAACAAAACCCUCUCCCACCUUUCAAAGUGGUGGGAGAUCCACUGCAUCUCAUUUCAUUUGAAUUUCAUUUGGAUUUGAAUCUGACAUUGAAUUGAGAAUGAAGAAACUGAAGAACUACUACAUGCACCUGAGGCACCAGCAGCAGCACCACCACGGGGAGCGGAAGUGGGUGUUCCCGCUGGCGGUGGGCUCCCUCCUCAGCCUCUUCCUCCUCUUCGUCGCCACCCUAACCUCGCCGGCGGGGACCCCGCUCCUCCCCUUCUACCGCUCCCUCACGGCCGCCUCCUACUCCGUCUUCGUCGAGUCCCGCCUCCGCCCCCUCCCGGUGCCGGCCCUCCCCCCGCCGCCGCGCCUCGCCUACCUGGUAUCGGGCUCCGCCGGGGACGGGGCGGCGGCACGGCGCGUCCUCCUCGCCCUCUACCACCCCGAGAACCGCUACGUGGUGCACCUGGACCGCGAGGCCUCGGCGGAGGAGCGCGCGGAUCUGGUGCGGUUCGUGGAGGGCAACGCGAUCUUCCGAAGGUUCGGGAACGUUAGGGUGAUCAAGAAGGCCAACCUCGUCACCUACCGUGGUCCCACCAUGGUCGCCAACACCCUCCACGCCGCCGCCAUUCUCUUGAGGGAGCUCGGUGAUUGGGACUGGUUCAUCAAUCUCAGCGCCUCCGAUUACCCCCUUGUCACACAAGAUGAUCUGCUGCACACGUUUUCGUAUUUGCCUCGGGAUCUGAAUUUCAUUGAUCAUACGAGUGACAUUGGAUAGAAAGAUCACCAGCGUGCGAGGCCGAUAAUCGUUGAUCCGGGGUUGUAUAUGAACAAGAAGCAGGAUGUGUUUUGGGUUACGCAGAGGAGGAGUAGACCAACGGCUUUCAAGCUUUUCACCGGUUCCGCUUGGAUGGCACUGUCAAAAUCUUUCAUUGAUUACUGCAUAUGGGGAUGGGACAACCUACCUCGCACUGUUCUCAUGUACUAUUCAAAUUUCAUAUCUUCCCCUGAAGGAUACUUCCACACAGUUAUUUGCAAUGCUCAAGAGUUCCGGAACACGACUGUGAACAGUGAUCUACAUUUCAUUUCUUGGGACAAUCCUCCCAAGCAGCAUCCUCACUACCUUACCGUUGAAGACAUGGGAAGCAUGGUUGGCAGCAACGCUCCCUUUGCGAGAAAGUUCCACAGAGAAGAUCCAGUGUUGGAUAAAAUCGACGCGGAACUAUUAUCCAGAGGCCCCGGAAUGACUGUUCCGGGAGGUUGGUGCAUAGGAAGCAGGAAGAACGGCACCGAUCCUUGCUCUGAAAUCGGUGAUACUACAGUCCUGAGACCUGGCAAUGGUUCCAAAAGGCUUGAAAAAUUAAUCAGCUCAUUGUUGUCGAAUGAAAAGUUCCGGCCUAGACAGUGCGUGUGAGGUGUUGUUAUUUUUUCCACUGGCUUUAGUUUAUAUGUGCACGUUUAGUUAGAAGGAUGAGUAAAUUAGUUUCAUUCCAGUAGGAAAAGAAAUAGUGAAAAUAUACACAGUCUCUGAUAUUGAGAAGAAAAAAAGUGAGACAAUUCUGGUGAAAUGUGAUUGACUAGCAAUAGAGAGUUGGAUCGCACACUGUAAUAGUAUGGUAUAUAUGACAGUUGACUCUGUUGUCCCUGGUCACCUCUUCCCCCCUUGUGACAUCAACCAGCCAAAUUUGUGUGACCAGCAUUGAAGCUUCCCUAGCUUUUCUACCCUCCAUUCGUGGAACAAGAAAGAAAUGGAUAUAAAGUGGAUGACAUGGUUGGAGUGGGGAACAAAAGAACAAAACGUGUGAAAUGGAAUGGAAAAACUUUUUAUGUAUUUUUUAUUUGCUUUUCCAUUUUGAUGUUGUUAUACGGCUAACUUCUCCUUUCUUUUAGUCAAUGCAUCUUCACGUAUGCUUUGGUACCAAACUUACUGAUAUCAUUUUCAAAUGGUUUGUUCUAUAAAUGCAGUGGCCCAACUCUUCAUAUCGCUUUCAAA